GCCCCGUCGAGCUCGCGGCGCACCGAUCAUCGUGCCCAUCUCCAGGCUGUGCUGGUCGCCUUGGCCCGGUCCACCUUGAUGCGAUAGCUGCAUUACUUCGUUCCCAUCAUCAAACAAGCUGUCUCGGUCCCCAACUACACCCUCGUGCUCGCCCACUCCGCCCAACUCGGUCGCUGGUUGACGUCCCCCCACCACGUCCUUCUUCCCUCUCCUCUCCGCUCCGCUCUUCGUUCGACACGAACGUCCCCUGUCCGUACCCGCUGAACGAAACAACCACCACUUGCUACGCCCCACGCUCUUUGUUCCGGCCGCCCAGGCAAUCCGGUCGCACCUCCUGUCGACCGUCAUACCCAUCCACUCAUAUAUCUGUCUUCAAACAAGUCAUCUAUUAUUCCCCCCGAUAUGCACGCGCGACGCUCUCCUGCCGGGCGGGCCCGUCACGCAGAUGCGAAAAGGAGACUCCCCAACGCGCCCUUCGCCCGCCGCGCGGCGGCCCCGGUCGCGGUCGAUCCCCAGGAGCUCGCCGUGACCAUCACCACCGUCGCGGUCGUGACCGUCCACCCAGGCCAGACGACCACGUCCACCCAGUCGGCCGCCUCCACCUCCACCGCGACCGUCACCGUCGGCGCCCCCACCGCGACCUCCUCUCCCGCACCCGUUACCCAGAGCACGCAACCCGCGACGUCCUCCGUCGUCCAGACCUCGGCAACGAGCACGAGCACCACUCUCGCCUCGACAUCUAGCGCGACGAGCACCAGCACCAGCACCAGCACGCUCGCGGCGGGCACGUCCACCACCCCGCUGAGCACCGCCUCGCUUACCACGCCCGCCGUCGGUUCCAGCACAAGCACCCUCCCGAGCUCGUCCGCCACCUCAGCGGGCUCCACCGGCGCGACCGAGACGCACGGCAGCAAAGUGCCCGCUGCCGCGAUCGCCGUCCCCGUCGUCCUCGGCAUCCUCGCCCUGCUCGCCAUCAACUUUUUCUGGAUCCGCAAGCGCUACAUCCGCACCCGCCAGAGCAAGCGCGCGACGUGGGCCGCCGGUCCCGGCGCCGCGUCCUACCUCAAGACCGGCGAUGGGGCGGCGACGACCACCGCCCCCGGCCUGGAAAGCUAUUUCGCGAACGGCGGAGAGAAGGCGGCGCCCGCGCCCUACACGUUUGCACCGCCGGCGGCGCCCGUCAUCCCGCAGCAGCAGCAGCAGCCGUACGCGUUCGCACCGACGCCCGUGCCGCAGCCCCCGGCGGCGUCGUACAACAACCCGCCCCCGCCCCCGCCGACGGUGCCCACCAUCCCCUCAGCCAUCCCGGCCGUCCUCCGCCCAGGCUCUCCCUCGCCUUCCUUGCGUCCCGUCACCCCGGCGGCCCCCGCUAGCCCGCUGCCCGCGCCCUCCCCGGCGCUCUCGUUCGUCGGCGCACCGGCACCGGCGACAGGCGCAGGCGCCGCCGUGGUCCGCUGCACGUUCAUCCCUAGCCUGCCGGACGAGCUCCAGAUCGCGACGGGCGAGAACGUCCGGAUCCUGGCCGAGUACGACGACGGCUGGGGCCUCUGCCAGAACGCGCGCGGCGAGCAGGGCAUGGUCCCGCUCGAAUGCCUCGAGCGCGCGGGCGCCAAUGCCGGCGCGCCGGGAGACUGGCGCCAGUCCCGCCGCGCGAGCAGCCUCCGCGCCGGCGUCUGAUCGUGUGCGUGUGGCUUUGGCUUUUCGUGCGUUUUCCCCCUGCGUGUCGUCGUUGGUUGAGGGUUUUGUAGGACACUUAGAUGUUGGCCGGGCGUAUCUGCUCCUUGUACCUUUUGAUAUCUUUUUUCGCGGUAUCAAUUCAAUGCCUUAGUUGCUUGCCAUUUGGUAGAGCGCAGCGCGCGGGAUGGACGAUUCGUUUGGGUGUUUUCAUUCGCGAACUAUUUCGUGUUGUCAGCCAUGCGCGGUAUUGUAUGUCCCCCCAUUAUUUUGAUAUUUACAAUGUACGUCUCAGCUUCAUUGCCUCACGCGUUGUACCCUUCACCCAACAGAGGCUUUACAAUGCGUACGAGCCCAGAGCGGUGACCAUAAUGGAGCAUCUAUAUG